AUGCCGUCGUCCUGGCCGCUGCCGGGGGGAGAUGUGGAGCCCGAGGCGGACAACGCGCCUGCCGAGGUGGCACAGGAGGCGGCAAGGGCGGCUCCGGAACCUGUCGUACCUCCCCUGGUCCCGGUGGUUCCGGAGGUAUCUAAGGACCGCGUGCCGCUUUACCCGGCGGAGCUGGCAGCUGCAGCUGCCCCGGCGCGAGUGUGCGUGACGGGAGCUACGGGCUACGUGGCAGGUCCCAUCGUGGCCAGGUUGCUGGCGGCGGGGCAUACCGUACAUGCCACAUGCAGGGACCCCUCGGCCUCGGAGGCGCUCUCAGCGCUGAGGGCCCUCCCCGGGGCCGACCAGCGACUCAGACUGUUCCGGGGGGACCUCCUGACGCCGGGAAGCUUCGACGAGGCAGUGGAGGGUUGUGAUUACGUCAUCCACACCGCCUCACCUUUCACCUUGCUGGUGAACCGCAGACGGGCGGUGGAGCAGCUGGUGGAGCCGGCAGUGCGGGGCGUGGAAAACGUAAUCGCUGCUGUUAACAAGACGAAGAGUGUACGGCGAGUGGUGAUGACGUCAUCGAUAGUCGCCACCUACUCCCGGGCAACCGACCACGGGGGUCCGGAUCGGCCGUUGGACGAGAACUGUUGGAACACAACCGCCAGCCCAACCUUCCUGCCGUACAGCUAUUCCAAGACGCAGGCAGAGCGACGGGCUUGGGAGCUGUGCGAGAAACAAAACAGGUGGACUCUGGUGGUGAUCAACCCCGGUCUGGUUCUGGGGCCCCCCCUGGGCGCCAACUGCCGGGCCAGUGAAAGUGUGGCGCUGUUGAGGCGCAUCUGCGCGGGCCUUAUGUACCCGGCAGUGCCCAACGUGGGGAUAGCCUACGUGGACAUCCGAGACGUGGCGGCGGCGCACUCGGUCGCCAUGACGGCUCCGGAGGCCAGCGGCAGGUACCUGGUGGUGGCGGGCGGGGUGCGAAUGCGGGGACUCACCCAGAUUAUGGAGCAGCUGUAUCCGGGGGGCCGAGUACGGACAGCCUUCCUGGCGGCGCCGCGCUGGAUUGCCGUACGGCUGGCGCCGCUGCUGGGCAUAGGGUCGGAUUUCGUGGAGGCGUCCUGGGGGCCGCCGCCGCGGUUCAGCACCGUCAAGGCGGCGGAGCAGCUGGGCCUGAAGAGCUGGGUGCCGUUGGAGGCGUCGCUGUACGACAUGGUGGAGGACCUCGCGGCGAAGAGGCUGGUACGGCAUCCGCUGGUGUCGUUUCCGUCUGAGUGGUCGCGGCGGCGGCGGCGGCAGAAGCUGCGGCGAUGGCUGCUGUGUGCGGCGGCGGUGGCGGUGCCGCUGGCGGUGGCGGUGGUCUUGCUGGUGUGGAUGCUACAUGGCCGCCGGAGGGGGGCGGAAGGGCAGAGAGGGCUGCGAUGA